UCUCUCAAAGCAAGGUGUUGGAAAAGGCAUGGAGACUAAUCACCAAGAGGCAUUUGAAGUCUCCAAUUACAGGACUCAAGUAGCCAAUUCCGAUUCGUUUGAUGAUGAUGGGCGUCCCAAAAGAACUGGUGAUUUCUUGACUGCAAGUGCCCAUAUAAUAUCGGCAGUUAUUGGCUCUGGAGUGAUAUCUUUGGCUUGGGCAUUUGCUCAGCUUGGUUGGGUUGCUGGUCUUUCUUUAUUGAUUCUGUUUUCUGUAGUAACUUAUUACGCCUCCUGUUUUCUAGCUGCCUGUUAUCGUACUGAAAAUCAAGCUACUGGGAAUAGAAACUAUACCUACUUGCAUUGCGUUCGAUCUCAUCUUGGUAGAAUGAAUGCAACGUUGUGUGGGUGCGUUCAGUAUGCAAAUUUGUUUGGAACCGCAGUCGGGUAUACCAUUUCUGCUUCAAUAAGCAUGAUGGCUGUCCGAAGGUCUAAUGGUCAUCGAAAUAGCGGAGGAAAAAAUCGAUGCAAAAUCAUGAUUUCAUUUGCGAUUUUUCAAAUUUUGUUAUCCCAAAUUUCAGAAUUUGAUAAGUUUUCGUGGCUACCUAUUGUUCCUGGUGUCAUGUCUUUCACAUAUUCUGUAAUAGCGCUCUAUCUUGGAAUUACUAAGGUUAUAGGAAAUAGAACGGUUAGAGGAAGUUUAACUGGCGUAAGUAUUGGUGUUAUGUCAGAAAGCCAAAAAUUUUGGAGGUGUUUCCAAGCACUUGGUAACAUAGCCUCUGCCUAUUCCUACGCAACGAUCCUUAUAGAAAUUCAGGACAAAAUCAAAUCACCUCCGGAAGAAUCAAAAACAAUGUCGAAGGCUAUUUCAGUGAGUGCCUUGGUAACAAGCAUUUUCUAUUUGCUAUGUGGUAGUGUUGGAUAUGCGGCUUUUGGAGAUGCAAGCCCUCGAAACCUGCUAACUGGUUUUGGCUUCUAUAAAUCAUAUUGGCUCGUCGACAUAGCCAAUGUUGCAAUUCUUGUCCACCUUGUUGCUGCAUUCCAAGUUGACUGUCAAUUCAUGUUCUUAUUCAUUGAAAACCUCGCAGCAAAACAAUUCCCAGACAGUGAUUUUAUAAAGAAGGAGUUUGAAGUACCAGUCCCUGGUUGCGAACCCCUCAAGCUCAACCUCUUUAGAUUGGUUUCGAGGACAACUUUCGUGAUUUGCUGCACUGGCAUAGCAAUUUUGGUACCAUUUUCGACUGAUAUUGUUGAGCUUAUUCGUACCAUAUCCUAUUGGCCGCUCACCGUGUAUUUUCCAGUGGAGAUGUAUAUAGUUCAAACUAGAAUACGAAAGUGGAGUACAAAAUGGAUAUGCCUGCAGAUGCUUAGCGCUACAUGCUUCGUCUUGAUAAUGCUAGCUGCAGUAGGUUCAACUGCUGGACUUCUUCAUAAAGUUUACAAUCCAUUAAUGCCCGGUUACUAGUUUACUGCCAUCUCUCCGUUAACAUCAUGGUUGGAAAUUACAUGUUUUGAUUCAUUUGUAAGUGUCUUUAAUUACUUUAUAGAUUUUAUUUUAAAUAUUUAAAAAGUUACACUUAAAUUAUAUUUUGGUAUUGAUGUGUCAUUU